AUGGUGAAUCCAGCCAAAUCCAUGUUGAAAAUGAACCAGAAACGGUUUUUUUUCGCUAUGUUACCUUCCAUGGCUGCUGCUAUCCUCAUCGUCAUCUUCAACCUCGGUGUAAAAACCCCAUAUCUACUUUCGUCAAACAUCCAAAACUACCCGUCGACAAAGCAAUUCAGCCUCCUGAUAGGAAUCCUUACUCGAGCAGAUAACUAUGAUCGCCGCCAUUUCCUCCGUCUCAUCUAUGGCAUCCAAUCCUCUCCAUUAGCCGAAGUAGACGUUAAGUUUGUCUUCUGCAACCUCACAAAACAAGAACAACGAGUCCUAAUAGCCCUUGAAAUCCUAAGAUUCAACGAUAUUAUCAUUCUCAACUGUUCAGAAAACAUGAACAACGGGAAAACCUACACAUACUUCUCGUCACUUCCUCGAAUCCUAUCUCGAACUUACAACUAUGUGAUGAAGGCUGACGAUGAUGUCUUCUUGCGCCUUUUGCCGCUAACAUCCUCGCUGCAGCCGCUUCCGAGAUCGGAUUGUUACUAUGGAUUCGUGAUUCCGUGCCAAAGUAUGAAUCCUUUUGUCUCGUAUAUGUCGGGAAUGGGGUAUAUUUUGUCAUGGGAUUUGGUGGAAUGGAUCGCAAACUCAGAUAUUCCUAGAAACAACACUUAUGGACCGGAGGAUAAACUGGUCGGAAGAUGGUUAGAUCUUGGCCAGAAAGCACGAAACAGGUUUUCUAAUAAGCCGGCAAUGUACGAUUACCCUGGCAAGAAUGGGAGAUGCUCACACGAGCUUAUUCCUGAUACAAUAGCCGUUCAUAGAGUAAAAAGAUGGGAUCAAUGGUUCGCUGUGAUUAAUUAUUUCAACGUCACCAAGGAACUUAGGCCAUCUAAACUUUAUAAUGUAUGA